AUGCAUAAGCUUACAAAGCUAUUAGCUUUUCCUAAGUAAUUAACUUAUGUUACAGCAUUUAAAUUUUCUAAUGCAUAAAUUAGCUUUGAAGAAUUAAAUAAAAUAAGUGUGUAACUUCUAUAGGAGCUAAAAAGCAAUCAAGAUGUAAUAGAAUAAAUUGUAGUACUCUCUUAAUAGUAUUUAGAAAUAGAAAGAGUAGAAGAAGCUAUAAACAUAUACAUUGAAGCAUUAAAAGUAUACCCUAAUUCAGCUAGAUUAAAUUGUAAGUUAGGAACAUUAUUUGUCUAACUUGAGGAACUAGAAGAAGGAGUAAAAUACUUAGAAAAAGGAAUUGAAAUAGACUACACUGAAAUGGGUAAAGAAGGAUUAGUUGGUUUAGCAAGUUUAUAUAAGAUGCUAAAUUAAAAUGAUAAAGCACUAGAAACAUACAUGAAAUCAAUAGAGCUAAAUUAUCUACCUUCUUACUGUCAUUAAUUUAUAGCUUUGUUAUAUGCAGAAUAACAAAAAUUUGAUAUAGCUUAAGAUCAUUUUUAAAAAAGCUUAGAAAUGAACCCAAACGAUUUUGCAAGUCAAUGGGCUUAUGGUGAAGCAAUUUUUCAUUAUGAUCAAUAAAAAGGAAUCAAGAUUAUGAGAGAAGCAGCUGAAAAUAUAGCUACUAAAAAGUGUGAAAACUAGUUUAUGUAAGAAGAUGAAGUAUAGGAUAUGAUUUCUAGCAUGAAUUUCAGAGUAGGGUAAAUUUUGUAACAUAUUUCAAAAAAUAGUGAAGAAGCAAAAAAAUUUUACAGAGUUUGCUUAAAAAAUAAUCCAAACCAUGUUGAAGCUCAUGUUUAGUAUGCUUCAUGUUUAAAAAAAGGAGAAUAACCUAAUAUUGAGUUAGCUGAAUACCAUCUUCAAAAAGCUAAAGAAAUUGACCCAUCAAAAUUCUAAAAAAAGUUAACUGAGUGGUGGUGA